AUGACGGGCGGAAGGUUCGACUUCGACGACGGCGGCACUUACUGCGGGGGGUGGGAGGAUGGCAAAGCCCACGGACACGGCAUCUGCACCGGACCCAAGGGCCAGGGCGAGUACGCCGGCUCCUGGUCGCACGGCUUCGAGAUAGUUGGGGUGUACACCUGGCCCAGCGGGAACACCUACCGGGGCUACUGGUCCCAGGGGAAGCGGCACGGGCUCGGGGUGGAGAACAAGGGGAAGUGGGUGUACCGCGGGGAGUGGAGCCACGGGUUCAAGGGUCGCUACGGGAUCCGGCAGAGCCACAACACACCGGCCCGGUACGACGGCACCUGGAGCAACGGGCUGCAGGAUGGAUACGGGAUCGAAACUUAUGGGGAUGGAGGUACCUACCAAGGCCAGUGGAUGGGCGGUAUGCGGCAUGGCUACGGCGUACGUCAGAGUGUUCCCUAUGGCAUGGCCACCGUUAUCAAAUCACCUCUCCGUACAUCCCUGGCCUCCCUGCGCUCCGAGCAGAGUAACGGAACGGUGCUCCAGGACCUCUCCUCCACCGCAGACACGCCGACAGGCAGUCGCGGCGGCUUCGUCCUCAACUUCCACUCAGACAGCGAGGUCGUCACCGGCAAGAAGAAGGGCCUGUUCCGCCGGGGCUCGCUCUUCGGCAGCCUCAGGCAGCUGCGCAAGUCGGACUCUCGGACGUCCAUCUCCAGCAAGCGCAGCUCGGCGAGAAGCGACGCCACCAUGAGCCGCAUCAGCUCCAGCGACGCCAACUCCACCAUAUCCAUCGGUGACGGCGAGCUGCCAGACGAGGACCUACCGCUGGAGGACCACGUGGACGCCACCACGACCGAGACCUACAUGGGAGAAUGGAAGAAUGACAAACGCAAUGGAUUUGGUGUUUCGGAGAGAUCCAAUGGGAUGAAGUACGAGGGAGAAUGGCUUAACAACAAGCGCCACGGUUACGGGUGCACGGUUUUCCCAGACAGCACCAAAGAAGAAGGGAAGUACAAAAAUAACGUGCUGGUGCGUGGAAUACGGAAGCAGUUGAUUCCUCUUAAAAACCCCAAAACCAAAGAGAAGGUGGAUCGGGCAGUGGAGGGGGCACAGAGGGCUGCAGCCAUCGCCAGGAGUAAAGUGGAAAUAGCAGCCUCCAGAACGGCCCAUGCCAGGACAAAAAGCGAAGCCGCGGACCAGGCCGCUGUCUCCGCUGUGCACGACUCUGAAAUUGCCAGGGCGGUUGCCAGGGAGCUCGCCCCCAACUUCUACCAACCAGGUCCUGACUACGUUAAGCAACAGUCAAGGGAGCCAGUGGAGAUUAAAGAGGUCCCUGUUGAAAAGAAAGAGAAAGAUUCUCCUCACUUCUACCGCAAAGGGACGACUCCUCCCCACUCCCCUGUGACCAGUGCUGGAGGCACACCUCCCCCCUCGCCCCACUCCAGCAAGAAGAAAGGUCACGCCUCCAACAGCACCAGCCGCAAAACCAGCAAAGAGGAGAAACCGUCCCGCAAAACGAGCAAAGAGGAGAAGUCAAGUCAGAAGACCAGCAAGGAUGAGCGGUCUGGCAGGAAGCUGAGUAAAGAGGAGAGGCCGUCCGUCCCCGAUGGGCCCAAAAGUUCUCACGUCCACAUCGAGGCUCCACCUAAACCCCCCAAGGUUCAGCAGCCCACCCCGGCCUCGGCUCCUCCUCCACAGCCCCCUGUGAAUCCAGCCAACGGGCAGCUCCACACUCAGUACCACAGUUACUAUGUCAAGACUCCUACAAGGGCCCCUCCUCCCCCCGAACCUGAGGAGGAGGUCGAGGAAGAGCCUAGCGCCCUGACCCUGGCACGUAUACCCCCACAACCCCCCAAGUCCUAUAGCACCCCCACUCCUAAGCCGGCCUCCAUACGGGAGAACAAGAGCGACCCGAAACUCAGGAAGCAGGAUUCCCUAAAGCCAAAGAGCCUCGCAGACACAAAGAAAGCCAGUAUGGAGAUUGCAGAAAACGGCGAAGGAACAGGUCCCAACUCGGUCCUUGUUGCCAUGGUAAUGCUGUUGAAUAUUGGCCUUGCAAUUAUAUUUGUCCAUUUUCUGACAUGAUGAAGCUGUUUCUCUGUAAAGCCAUGGCAACCGGUACAGUUGCAUCGCCGGCCUUGAAAAAUGAAAAUGGCGCCA